AUGUUCUCUAUGCAUGCGCUCUGGCUUUGUCUGCGAGACAACCUCGGCACCUUUGCGAUUAAGUCUUCCGGCUUGCGGGAUAGAAGCAGCUAUCAUUUGCGCUCUGGUAUGGGGACUCCCUUAGGAGUUGAUCAAGCCCGUCGCGGCUUCCAUCACGGCCUCAACAAGCAUUUGGAAUCCCUUGCCGAACCCGAUCAAUAUCACCAAGCAUCUGCAGUAGAGCUUACUGAUCAGCUUUUUCAGAAGCACGAUCAAGGGUCGCAAGCGUCACCUGCGGCUCCUGGGAACACUUCUGCGCUUCCUGGAGGGGCAUUUCUGAGCACCCGAAACCUGGGACACGCCAGCAGGGAAGAAAGUACUAGCCUCGCUGAACACUUCCCGGGUCUCAUACUUCCAUCUCGGGCGAUCUCGGACUUCUUGCUGCAAUCGUACUGGGACUCGGUUCACUGGUUUACACUGCUCUUCCACAUUCCUUCAUUCGAGCACAGCUACCGCCAGAUUCUCGAUGAUCAAUGUGUAACUGCCCGGCAGAGAGGCACUGCAGUCCUGAUACUAAUGGCGCUCACACUGGGGGCCACAUAUGCCCCGGACGAGCAAAGCAUGCAAAUGGGGAUCUCCCGGUCAGAAUUAAGUGUGCUGCAGGAGAGUAUGCUGAACCAGAUCCGAUCCCACUUUUUUGACAUGUUAGACACAGGAGGGGUAGAGUGUGUGCAGUUAUGCAUCCUGCUCAGUACAUUUCACCUCUACACUGGUAAACCGAACCUGGCAAUGCCCAUACUUGGCGCGGGCAUCCGCAGCGCCCAGGCGCAGGGGCUGCACAAGGAGGCGCUGUGGGGCCCUGCGAAUGAGAUUGUGGUUGAAGUCCGCCGGAGGACUUGGUUUGCUUCCAUCACCUAUGGUCGGCCGCCUUCGAUCAGCGACUCGCAUUGUGCCGUGGCCAUGCCCCGAGAUCUGGACGAUCUGAUGACGGUGCAUCCGGUAUUUAGCUUGAACCACCAUCGUGAAUCGAAUGCAGACCGGCCACCCGCUACCUUGGGCGCGUAUCAGAGGCACAAGUUUGAGCUCUACUCUAUUGCCGCUCCCAUCAUCGGCGAUAUUUACGAUCUUAACGAAGGGAAGUGGGAAGCGGUCAUAAACCAGGCUGUGGAGAUUAACACGAAGCUGGUCGCAUGGUUUGACAUGCUGCCCUUGGAGCUCCGACUGGAGCACCAUCUUGACCUGGACACCUCGAAUCUGACCAGGCAUGAAGCGGAGAUUAUCCUCCACCGACCUUUUCUCCGAUAUACACGGCGCCUGAUGACUCAGAGCUCUCGCAGCUUGUACUCCGAUGCGCGGCCGACCAGCUUCGAACAGUGCGAGCAUUGCGCUCGGCGCACCUGCAGCAUCAUGCCACGGUACCAGAGGGUCCUACGCGCCGCCCAGACCACCCAAGCCGCCGCAUACAUCGCCAUCCAGAACUUCACCGCAGGCGUGACACUGGGGAUGGUGGCCCUCUGCAACCUGGGGUCUGUGCAGUCCUUGGAUGCCAAGCGCGGGGUGGCGAAUUCCAUUGCGCUGCAGAAAAUGCUCGCCGCCUGCUCCGUCGUAUCGUCGCAGACGGUCAAGGUCCUCAAAGAGCUGCUGGAGCUGAUCUUCCGUCGAGAAUUGCAGAGUUUACUUGGCCAGCCCGCCGCGGAGCCAUGCCCUCCGAGUCGCAGUGACGGGAUGACGCAUGAACCCAACGGGCGCGAGCGUCCGGCGGCACACCGUGGUGGAUUCGCAGAUGAAGGGGGCCUCGACCCGUCCGUGUCGGCCAUAAUUCUCAACGACCGAGCAAGCACGGAGCAGCUUUCACCCAAGGUCCCGGGUGCCUCAGAGGCGCGGAGGGAUGCGCAGGGUCCAGCCGAAAUGCAGCAUGAGGGGAUGAGCGCGGCGGCGCCGGGUGACGAAGUCGCCAAUGCGUUUCCCUUGGUCUGCGGAAUUGAUGAGGCGCUUGAGUUUGUACAGCGAGUACUGUGGGAGAACUCUGACCCAAGCAUACCUCCGAGCAAUGACAUACUGGCCACCACCGGCAUGCAGCUCGAGGCGUCCGCACAACCGCCGCCAUCUGUCCCACCAGGAUCAACCUUGUCCGACUCCUUGGGAAAUCAUCUAAGUCCGAUGGCCUCGAUGGCCGAACCUGCGAGUCACGGCCAAAAUAAUAUCAAUACUCUGCAAUUAAGUCAGAGCUGGAUCUGGAACCCUACCGACUUCUCUUGA